UGUACAUCCCCAAAAUGAAGCCCAAAACUUUAGCUUGUGUUGUUCUGUGCCAGCUGGUUGUGUUGACAUGGCUAACUCCGGCCUACGGAAAGGGCCUGUUGUCCAAUCUGAUGAAACAGGCAGAAACCCUGAGCCAUGGCCUUGACCUAGCUUCAAAGGUCGGGGACAUAGGUUCUCGAAGAAAUGAUGUUGCCUUUACCGUUGUAACAUCUCGAUCUACAACGUACAGUUCUGGUUCCACCAUAGCAUUCAACACUCUGAAGAGCAACUACGGUAACGCUUUCAAUAGCGGUAAUUACCGCUUCACCGCCCCGUCUGAGGGUCUGUAUGUCUUUUCAUGGAGCAUUGCAAUCCCCUCUAAUUAUGUGGGAAACAACAGAUUGAUGAAAGAUGGCAGUAUUUACCAUCAACUACACUGCCAGAAAACCUUCCAACAAUGUGGAGCUACCGUGACAAUGUGGUUAAAAAGAAAUAGCCAGGUUUGGGUUGCCUCUGGUUAUUCCAGCAUUUACGUCUAUGCCACUUACUCUUCAUUCUCUGGAUGGAAAAUACAUUAG